CACGGAUUUCCUAUUACUGCAGCUGUUUUGCUAUUGUUCCAACUAUUUUCUUCGUUGGAGGAAUCAGAAGGUAAUGGGUCAAUAAUGUUGAUAAGGUAUAUUGAUACAACCCAGAUCAUGCCAUAUGCUAAAACCACUUCCCUUCCUUGCUCUCCGUUAUUCGUAUAUAAACAAUCAUGCUAAGCAGCGUGGAAAAACUGGCUGCCCAUCAUCCGCAUUAGGAGACGCUAAACAGGCGCGACGGUUUCGGUAGAGCUAAGCCGGCCUUUCCCUGUUGCCCCUGGUGUCAUGGCGGCGGUCACGCGAGCCGGGGCGCGGCUGCUGAUUGGCCGCGGCCUCUGGGGUUUAACCCUCGAGUCGCGCGCCCGCCGCGUCUUUAGUGCGCGCCGCCGGGCCGGUGGUAGAAGGGCAGGGUGGAAGCCGCCGUUGGUGGGGCGUUGACCUUUUGUCGCCCCCCCACCCGCGCCAUGUCUUCAGAGAGGGAAGCGGGCAGCGAGGUAAGGCGGGGAAGCGGCGGCGGCGAGGCCGGGUCUGUGGAGAACGGAAGGCGAAAGAGCGGCUCCCUCCAGCCACCCCGCGCGCCGCGGCUGGUUGUUAUGUAAACGGCGGCCGGAGAGGUCCUGGAAGGGGAAAGGCAAAGGCGCUCUCCGUUCUAGUGGCUCCGCUGAACCUGCUCUCGCUUAACGUGUGUGUCUAUGGCUCAGGUCCUGGCAGGAGGCCUGAACAAACAAACAAACAAAAAGGGGGGGGGCGAAGGGAUGCCCUUUUUAAAAAAAAAAAUUCCCAAUCACCCCGAAGAAAGUCUGUUUCUCUCUGCAGAAAGGAAAAUGAGGGACAGCAACACCAGAGAGCAAAAAACAAGCCUCCCCUCUCAAGUGGUGCUCAGAAAAUAAUAAUAAUAAGUUUGAUAUAGCAUGUCUUUUUGUGUUGUCAUCGGGAGAAGGCACUGCAAACCUUUUCCUCUCUUUUUUUGUCGUGGAAGAAGUGCAAUAUUGAGUAUAUUAGCCAGAAUUUUUUUAAAGGACUGCUUCUCCCCCCCCCCCCCCCGGGUUUUAAGCCUUGCCUCUCUGCCCCCCCCCCCUUCAAUGUCUUCUGCUUGCCACCACCAAUCUCUUUUCAGGACACCACUGCUUUGCUUUUAGUGGCUGUGCGAUAGGGAAAGGAGCACAUGUUGAAUUUUUUUUACCAAACGUGCAAAAUACAAGUUUCACCUCCUGAACUGUUGUCUUCGCAGGCAAGACCUCUGACAGGGGAGAGGAAUGGCAGCAGCUUGUUUUAAGAAUACUGGCUGCGUCGUGUGUCCUAGUCAUCAACUUAUUAUUAUUUUAUUUUAUUUGUUUUAUAUUUAAUUUUUAUACCACCCUUCUUCUGAAGAACACAGUAUAAACUAUUGUAGCACUUUGUGCACAUAAAAUACGUAUACAAAAACAGAUCACCUUUCUUGAUAUGGUAGCAGAAACCCAACAUUACUGUUUGGCCAAAUAGAUUUGAACUAAACCAACUUGGUCAAGACUUCGUCAGUCAUAAGGCUCUGGUUUGGGAAGCAGCUUUUGCUUCCUUCAGAAUUGCCUCUUUCCCAGGAAUUGCCUCUUUCCCAGGAAUAAAAUUCCAGAGGUAUGACAGUUUUGGGUGCUAGUGCUUUCCUUUCAGUGCAGAUAUAGUUUACAAACACCGAAAGAGGAUAAAUGCUGUGGAGCAGAAAAAUGGUAGCAAAAGAAACACCUCCCACAGUUGCUCUUUUCACUCCUCUACACUACCCUAGGCUUUGCAAGCUAAGCAAAAAUAGUUGGUUACUAUUAUUUGUUUGCAUGUAAUGUGUCAUUUUGUCCAAAUGCUUACUGCUUUAUUGCAGCAUGGCCUAAGUUUUUAGAAGCAAUUACCCAUUUUGAUAACUAGGAUUUUGUUACGAAUUUCGUGUCAGAUUAUGCCUAGUAGCUUCAAGGAUUACACAUUAUUUUUGCUUUGCUAGAGAUGAAUGUUCCCAUGGGGAGAAGUAGUAAAAUCUUGUUCUUCACAUGGAAUUUGAUAGGUUGUGCAUACACUCCAGCAUAACUCUUGACCAUGUGUGCUUUGCAGAAUAGCUUCAAAUAUUUUCCUUUUCUGAAUGCAGUUAAUCAAAGUUUUUCACUCAGCCUGGAGUAGAAGUGUCCUGUUUUUACCUAUUUAAAUGAUACGAUAGAAACAAACAACUGAACAAUUUGCAGUUUUGCUUUGAAAUCAAGUGUGAAAGCUUAAUCUUGACUAAUUUAGAUUCACUUUGCUGGGGAACAGCUGGAUUGGGGCCUUUCCAUAUCUCUGUCCAUAGUAAGGAAGGCGAGUAGUAGAACACUUAUAUUGCGUGCAGAAAAUCCCUGAUUCAAUAGCUGUUAUUUCCAGGUAAGGCUCGGAACUAUUUUUGCCUGAAACAGCUGCUUCCUGGCAGUGUGUAGACAAUAUUGAGCUGGAUGGACCAAUAAUCUUGACUCUGUAUGAAGUAGCUUUCCAUAUUUUAGCCAUUAUAUAAACCUAAAUUCUGUAUAAUUAAAACCAUAGCAUUUCCCUAAUGGUAAUAGUGGGAAACCUGUGGCUGCCAGAGGUUGUUGGACUUUAGGAUCCAGCAGUCCCAACCACCAUGCCCAUUGUUUGGGGAUGAUGCCAGCUGGAGUCUAGCAACAUUGGGAAGCCACAAGUUCACCCUACAUAUGGGUGGUAUUUAUAUUGGGUGUGGUGAGCAGGUGCUGCUUUACAAAGUUUUUUAAAUCUGUGAUUCUAACGUAUUUUUUGCCGUAGAAUCUGAACACUCGUUCCUGAUGUAAUAAUACAAAUAGGUCAGGCAAAUAUAAUAAGGUAUCCAGCAAACUCGGCAUUUGUGCAACUAUAUGUACACGGUUUCUAUUUCUCUUCUAAUAUAUUAGGGUACGUUUGACAAAAUUCUGGUCAACCAUCUUUUUAAUGAGCUGCAGAACACAACUAUUCAUAUUAUGGACUAAACCUCUAGGCUUGUUUUCAACUAAGUCCUACUCAAAGUAGACCCGUUGAAAUUCAAGAGCCCAAGUUAGUAAUGGCCAUUGGCUUCAAUGGGCCCACUCUUGAGUAGGUCUAGCAUUUAAUACUACCCUUGGUGUCCAGUUGUCCCUCUGUUUCAAAUGCAAGUACAACCACCAGAGGGUGUUCAGUGAACAGACUUUUGACUGUCAGCUGAAUGCUUUGUUUUCUCUUAGAUUCUUGUAGGGCCAGUGCAGAUGUAAUGCUAGUUGGUCAUUAAGUAGGGUGAUGGUAUUGGGAGUGGGAAGCAGGCUCUUCUUCUUGUUUUUCAUACUUCUCUGUACUUCCCUUUCCCCAACUUUAGCAUUAUGUCACACCAAGAAGCUGAACCUGGGUAAAGGCAUGUGUGUGUCUAAGAGAGAAAUUCUUGCAUGAGAGGGGAGAAGUUGGGGCCAGGAGGGUGCGCAUGCGCCUGAAGCCUGCUUCUAGUCUCCUAAUCAUUCUUAAUAGCUAAACCAGCAUUGCGUCUGUAUUGCCUGCCUAUAGUGUAUUUUCUGCAGCUGCAGAGAUUAGUUUCCACCCCCCUUAUAAAUGCAAAGUUGAGAUGUUGCAUGUGCUGCAGCCAGAUACUCUCAGAGUUUUUACAUUAAAAAGUAAAAUGAAACUUCUGUUCUGAAGCAGCAGUUUGCUUAAGCACUAAAAUUCUUGGUGCAUUUUUCAGUGUUCUGUUACAGAUUUAAUUUUUUCCUACUCGUUUUGGUUGAGCAGAAGAACAAGGCACCAGCUUCUCCUUCUUGUGUGACAGUUUGGUUCACAUAGAUGGGGCUUUUCACUUAUUUUGGUUAAUCUCCAAGUGCAUGUAGCCAAAACCCAUUUUGUUUCUCAGGGCAUCAAGUUAUCAGCAGAGGUCAAACCGUUUGUCCCCAAAUAUGCGGCAGUAACAGUGGCAUGGUCAGAACCCUCAGAAGCAUGUGUCUUUCCUACAUACUAUGGUACAUGCUACCCAUAUGUUCAAGAGCCACCAGUGGAUAAGUAUGUACCCUUCUACGUCUCAUUUCUUGGGGGACUGUUAACGUACCUAAGUCUUUAAUUUAGAUGCCUUAGCUGUUUGGCAAGUUAAGUGCAUUUUGGUCAUUAAUUGGGUAAGCUCAUUCAAUGUUUUAGGCCACAACAUUGAACCCACCUCUCACGGGACACAUUUCAAAGACGAUGGUGACUUUGGGCUUUUGAUCCCCAAACAUUUGUUUUAUUACAUGUGGAAUUACUGUAACUGGGAUUUUGCUCUCAAAGCCAUCUCACUUUGCUGCUUUGUGAGAAGGUGGUACCUGCACAGUUUUAAACUGUCCUUAUUGUUUUGGGUAUACAUAUUGGGGGUUUGUUCUGGCAACUUUUUUCAGUAAUCUAAAAUCCGCAUAUUAGCAAUCAUAUAUUUAAAUAACUACAACUGAGCAGCAAUUGCUCAGUUUUUUUUUCUCCUGUAAGAAAGAAUAAUUUUAUGUCUAAUGCAGGCUUCCUCAACCUCAGCCCUCCAGAUGUUUUGAGACUACAAUUCCCAUCAUCCCUGACCACUGAUCCUGCUAGCUAGGGAUCAUGGGAGUUGUAGGCCAAAAACAUCUGGAGGGCCAAGGUUGAGGAAGCCUGGUCUAAUGGCUACUAAGGAUGUGUAGGGGGUUGACUUAUUUGAACAAAUUAAAUCAAUUGCAGUACUUUCCCCAAGAACAGACCCCAAAACACAGUGUAUUGGGUAGUAAUAAUACCAUGCUCUUUGGUGGGGUGUAGAAUCAUGUUACCUUAUAAAUGGGGUUAUUUGUCUGUGUGAUAGAAGUCCCAGCCCCUAAGGCUUGCAUACCUGGGAGGUGUAUCAUAAGUUCUACAGUAGUCAUAUGGCUACCAUGCUUUUCUAUGACAUUUACCUAAAGCAAGCUCUAAAUGCUCAGAAUGCAGUGUGCUCUUUUGCAACAUGGUGCUCUAAAUUGUGUGUGAUUAAGAUAUAGCUUCAAGUACCUGGGAUGGUGGGGAGCUAAUUGACUUUCAUUGGAAGCAAUGGAGCUUCUUGGGGAUUUCUAAAUUUUUUUCCAUUAAAAAAAAUAGUCUACUAUUUAAUCACCAUAGGCAAAAUCAUGCUCUUUUAAAAGUUAAUUAUUGUGAAAGGGGAACAGUUCCCCGACCCACCCCAGGACAUAUUUUUGAAGGGCACUGGAGACUACUUGGGAGAAGGAGAAUCUGCAAAAAAAAUUCUUUCUAGCUCUUCCGUAAUUAGUUGGCUCCUGCCAACCUAGCAGUUCGAAAGCACGCCGUGCAAGUAGAUAAAUAGGUACCGCUCCGGCAGGAAGGUAAACGGCGUUUCCGUGCGCUGCUCUGGUUCGCCAGAAGCGGCUUAGUCAUGCUGGCCACAUGACCCGGAAGCUGUACACCGGCUCCCUCGGCCAAUAAAGCAAGAUGAGCACCACAACCCCAGAGUCGUCCACAACUGGAACUAACGGUCAGGGGUCCCUUUACCUUUUUACUGGCACAACAUCACUAAGAUCAGCAAUAGGAUAUCACCUUUUGAAUAUAAUGUACACCUUUUCAUUAUAUUAUUGCUUGCAGCUUAGGGAAGAAGUUCCAUACUCCAAAUUUGAUGCAUGCCCCUUUGAGAUUAACAGAUCAGCCUUACACCACAUAUUUUGAACACUACCAUUUUAUGCUUACUGUUUUUCAAAGGACGCUUGGACUACAAUCCAAACGCCUGGUUGGCUGUGACUGGAGUAGCACCAGUCAGCACAGAAAGUGGGAAAGAAAAUAUUGCCCCUUCCCUGUACCAGCUCCCAGGCUGGCACAGUGAAGAAACCUGGAGCACACCUACCCCGGGACCACUCUCCUCACCCUCCCCACCCCUAUUUUGUGGGUUUCUGCUGAUCGCCGCCAGCUUCUGCCCAGCUUUCAGGUGACUGCAUGAAGUUCCUUGAUGGCAGGACUUCAUUCCCCCACCUCCAGGGGUGGUGGGGAAGCUGUCAGAGCUGCGCAGAGACAGAUUUUCACCCCCUCCAAGGCAGAUUUGGGGUUCCUGUGUUAGUAAAAUAAAUUGGUUAUUAUGCUUAUGGCUUAAAUAGAAAUUGUUUUGUAAUCAUAUGAUAAAUUCUGUUACAGCCCAAGCAUUCGUUUUCAUUCUAUUUUUCCUUGCAAACCUUGUCAUGUUUGUCAUGUGUCCCACUAAAAAAAUUACAAUAUGUUUAUUUAAUUUAGACAACAGACACAUGCUCAAGAUGCGCCCUGGGAUACUGCCACCUCUCAUUCUCAAUAUCGAUCUCAGAGCCUUAUGGGAUGUAGUUCGCUUGGGGAUUAUACCAGUUCUCCUUAUUCAGUUAAUGCUGCACCAAACGUAUAUGCAGUUACCAACUUUCAGUGUCCGAACAACAGCCCUAAGCUUUACAGCUCUUCGAAACAGGACAGAGACUCUGCCAAACAGACUCCUCAUAUCCGAAAAGAUGCUGCAGCUUUUUGUCAGGUAAGUGAAGACAGCCUAGUAGAUAACGCCUUUCUGUCUUGCUACAGCUUGCAUCAGUAACUGGACUGCAGUAAUAGCAGGCUUGUUUAGCGCUCCAUUUUCAAAGAGUUGGAGUACUCCGCCCCGCCCCCAGCAUUUCCCCACCCCCCCACAUUGGGUCUUUCAGCUUUCAUUGGUCCCUGCCGGUGCCUAUGGUUACUAGGGAUCUGUGCGGGAUAUUCAGUGAUUGUGCACUGAUCAUAACUAGCUUCUGAUUCUCUUUGUAUGGGGAGUGGGUGGGUUGACUCUACCAAACAGUGGCCGCGGUCUCUACAGGAUAGAUAUACUGGCUAAUAUUAUAAAGCUGAAACAAAUUGUUAGCUGUUAAAAUUCAGUGAAAUAUUCAUAGCCCAGGUUUGCUCUGCAGAUUUUAGUGGAACAGUCUGCUUGGGCACAAAUGAAACCUUAUCCAAGGUAGGGAGCAGCCUGACUACCUUUCAUUAGUCUAGCAAAUACACUGCCGCAGAAACAUAGCCCUGUUGAAGUACCAGGCCUGAGUUUUCCCUCUGCUACUCAACAGUUUGUGAGAAACAUGAGCUUUGUAAAAUGCUCUACAGCUGAAGCAAGAAUUGGCUGUCGUAAUCAGCCAACGUUCCUAGUGUGCGUUUUGGAGAAAACUGCACUGGAAAUGAAAAGUGGACCAACAGAUGGAUUGGGAGUGGCUUUUUUAGGGGUUACUGAAAGAUAUACGUAAGCUAGGACCACAUGCCUAGAGGAACUAGACAAAGUUAGCUGAAACCCUGAAUUUAUCAGGAAAUUCAAUAUUGGAUAAUAGCUAAGAGAAGCUCCUAGCAAUGCUUCCAUGGAUGUUUAAUGCAUCUCUAGUGACAACUUUAACAUUAUUUGUAUCUUGAAAAGUGCAAAAAACAAAUUGUACAGAUAAAAAAAUAUUCCUUUUGCAUUUGCUCUUGAGCAACAGAUACCAUUAUGUGUUACUUUUUAGUGUUUGUGUACUGAAAUUAUGCUCUGAUAUAAUUUGGAAUAUAGAUCUAGUUACAAGUAGGUAGCCGUGUUGGUAUGCCAUUUAAUUUUUUUUUAAAAAAAUCCUUCCAGUAGCACCUUAGAGACCAACUAAGUUUGUUAUUGGUAUGAGCUUUGUGCAUGCACACAAAAGCUCAUACCAAUAAUAAACUUAUUUGGUCUCUAAGGUGUUAACUGGAAGGAUUUUUUUUAUUUUGUUUGGAAUAUAAAUAUAGAGAUGAUAUAGAUAUAGAGAUUAAGACCUUUUUAAAAAAGAUUGAAAGGUGGUGUUAUUAUUUUGUACAGAGGCGCUCAAAAGACCAUGAAUCCAAAUGGGAGAGUAAGAGAUCUGAUGGAUCCACAGAGAGUUCACCUUACACAGCUCUGCAUGGAAGAAAUCCUAUUAAAUCAGGUACUACCGUAACAAUUCCAGUAUUUUGCACAUUGGUGUGAGUAGAAGUUUCUGGGUCAUGUGGCCAGCAUGACUAAGCCGCCUCUGGCGAACCAGAGCAGCGCACGGAAACGCCAUUUACCUUCCCGCCAGAGCGGUACCUAUUUAUCUACUUGUACAUUGACAUGCUUUCGAACUGCUAGGUUGGCAGGAGCAGGGACCGAGCAACGGGAGCUCACCCCGUCGCGGGGAUUCGAACCGCCGACCUUCCGAUCGGCAGGUCCUAGGCUCUGUGGUUUAACCCACAGCACCACCCACGUCCCAAAAUAUUGCAUACCCUUUAGCAAUUAAAAGGAUUUGCUUUGGUGUCUCGCAACCCUUUUUUUUUUUAAAAAAAAAGUUACCUUUCUUGAAGGUAGCUAGCAGCCUCAAUAAUACAAGCAAUGAAACUCAAUUACAUACAGUGUGGAUGUAUGCCUGGGAGUAAUUUUCAUUGGCACCCAGUACACUCGUUCCAUUAGCGCAAUGAUUUCCAUUUGCAUUCUCCCCACUAUCCUCUCACUGCUCAGCCCCCCCAUCUGCUCCAGAAUGGUUUUUUUUUGGGGGGGGGACACCCAGAACAGGUUUAGGGGCCGUGCAAGAAGAGGAGAGAGUUGGGAAGGUCCUUGAGCUAUGCAACAGGAAAAAGUUCAUUGAAAUACUUGUUGAAUGUUUCAAGGCAAAGGCCUUAUGUAAAAGGACUUCAUAGGAGAGUGGGCAAGAGAAACCUCUCUCGGGAGGCCAAAUUUCGACCAAAAGUGGCAUAUUUCUGAAACUUGUACUGGAUUAAAGUGCAAGACUUUUGCUAGUUUUGUAGCACCCCCCCCCCCCCCCCGCUGGGUGUAUCAUUUUUACCCAGUUUGUUUUUAUUGAUCAGCACUUACUGAUUAUAAGUGGUUAAGAUGUUGUUAACUUCAUUAUUUUAUGCUUGUGCGAUAUUGUUAGCUGUUUUGUGCUCUCAUUGGGAUGUGAAGCAGGAUCCAAGUAUGAAUGAGAGAGUAAAUAAACUUUUUUUUUUUUUGCUAAAAAGCAUUGUGUAAUGUGUAAUGAUUACUAAAAGCAAUAAACUAUUUACAUAUCGUGGAGAAAUAUGUUACUUUGCAUAUAAACACUCUCUCUUUUUUUUAUUAGACAGACCCAUUAAAGCAGCAAAUGGGAAGUUCAAGCAAAUUCCAGCUGCUGAGUGUCUUCCGGAACCUGCAUUUGAAAUUACCCUCUCAGAUUUUCCAAAACUGCAAGGCUUGGGAAGUAGUGAUCUGUUGGAUAUUAAAAAAUGUGCAUGGGGGCCAUUGGGCUCGGCUGAAGGAGAUAAGCUGCCUCCGAAACCUCCAGGAAAACCAUCCGUUUCAGCUCUGAUAACCAAAGAGGUUAGCUAUUUCAUAGGCUUAGAUGCUGAAUGAUAAUAAUGUUAAUAUGAAGCUACUUGCCUGAACAAUGUAUGCAUGUUUAAAAAUUGUGGGAAAUGUGCAAGAGUAAAUAGACACUUUUUCUUUUCAGUAUUAUAACAUCCUGUUACAAGUUAGACUAGCUUUAGAACUGAAUUCUUCACCAGUCAGUCAGAUUUUCCUAAAGGCUAUUUGUCCCAUUAGUUUUGUAAGUCCUUAUUCUCCUUUUCUUAAAAAGGCAAUCCUAUAUCAUUCUGAAGAUCAUUUCUCCCCUGUAGCAUUAACAGAUAAUCUUCCGAAAGGUCAUCAAGAAUAUUAUUGUUUUGGUGACUUUUAUACCCAAGGAAGGAACAAUAGAACUCAACAAGAAAUCAUUUUGGGCUACAGAGAGAGGUAGGCAAGGUUAGACCUCCUAGGGUAUAAAGGUACUUCAUUUUCUUUCUUUUUUUAAGCUUUAGAUUUUGUACCUGUUUCUAUAAUAAUUCCUGCAAAUGGUGACUCAUGGUACUAUUUCUCCCUGCAGUAAUUUCUGUAGUUCCCUCAUGGUGAGAUCAGUACAUCUUGUGCACGAAUCCAGUGUGGUUUAUAUUCCCUCUGCCAGGAGGCACUUAGCAAAUGUUAAAAAUCAUCCUUGUCGAGUACAUGUUGUUUGGGAAGCCCAGAACCUAUUGAUCAAGCAUGAAUUCUAGUGUGUAUAAGUGCAAGAUGAUGGCCAUGGGAAUCAGCCCCUUGUAAAACAAAAGUUCAGCAACAUAUGGAUAAAGUUAGGCUACGUCUUUCCUUCAAGGCAGUUUUUAUUGACUUGGUGAAAUAUAAUAUCCAAUAAACAAAUAAGGUAGUUCCCUUUCUCUCCACUCCCCCCCCCCCCCAUAUUUUAUUUGGAUUUCCGCCCCGCCCCCCGAAGAUGAAAUAUGUCACAAUUUUAAAGAUGAGUUUCAGCUUUGGUAAAUUACUUGAAGAAAACAAAGGUUUUCGCACCUCCACUGGAAGAACUUUUUAUAUCUUUUAUUGAUACUUGUAAGUUUAGGAGCCAAGGUAAAGAAUUCAAAUGUGAGCUUAGUUCCAGGAAGUUUAAUACAAGUUUUGAUCUUUUGACUACUGCAUGGAUUGGAUAGAGAGACAGAGCAGGUUGCUUGCUUGCUUUUGUGCUAAAGACUGUAAUAUUCACUUUAGGGAGAAACAACUCCGAAAAAGCAUUUCCCAGCAAGACCGUUAAGUUCUUCAUCUGAUCCUGGAGGUAAGGGCUAUCUGUAGUAAUAAAUAUUUCUUUAGUAUUGAUAUAGCAUUCUGUUCACUUAAGGUCUAAAGUCCAAACUUCAGCCUAAGCAUGCUUUGAACGGGUAGAGAAAAGGUAUUGGCAUGUAUCCAGCUAAGUUCUAAGAAGAUCCACUAAAAUUAAUGCACCUAUGUCGGUCACACCCAUGAAUUUCAGUGGGUCUACUCUGAGUAGGACUUAGUUGGCAACAACCCUGUUAUUCUGGCUGAAGAAAAUCCUUUGGAGGUUAGAGAGUGUCUGGGCUGUUUUGAAGUAAUUGUUUAAACAUUUGUUUGAAGCGUGUCAUACAAAUCUUGGACCGAAGUACCGUAUUUUUUGCUCUAUAAGACUCACUUUUUCCCUCCUAAAAAGUAAGGGGAAAUGUGUGUGUGCAUCUUAUGGGGCGAAUGCAGGCUGCGCAGCUAUCCCAGAAGCCAGAACAGCAAGAGGGAUUGCUGCUUUCACUGCACAGCGAUCCCUUUUGCUGUUCUGGCUUCUGAGGUUCAGAAUAUUUUUUUUCUUGUUUUCCUCCUCCAAAAACUAGGUGCGUCUUGUGGUCUGGUGCAUCUUAUAGAGCGAAAAAUACGGUAAUUUUUUUUUAGAUUUCAGCACAUAAUACAUCAAAGCAAAAGGGCCAAUAUUUUAUCAUUCAAAUAGCUACAUUUGAAAGAUCAAUAUAGAAUGUUGCUGUUUCUUGUAUAUCUCUCAAAAUUGCACCUUUUGUAAUGGAAAAAACCCUGUGAACAUUUGGCACAGCCCCACUAAAGAUUUGUCUUUGUCUCGUUCCGUGAAUAGUUUGUUCUGUCUAACAUCAGUUUCUCAGGUGUCCCCUUGGCCUGCUGUGUCUUGGGCCACAGUGCUGUCGCAAGCUCCCAAGAGAGUUGUUUCAACUCCAGCUACAGUUUCUGCCGGUAAUAAUUCUGGCAGUAAAGGAGAAGAUGAUGUUCCCAAAGAUCGUAAGGUAGGAUGAUGGUUUUUCCAAACCACUGUUCUGUUACUGUCUUUCGGAAUAGCAGCUAACCAGAGUCCCGGACUCAACUCCCUAGUGGAUUUAUUUGAAAAAAUAAUAUAUUGAGAGAAAAUGGUCUUAUGGGACAGAAAGAACAAACAUCAAUUCUCCCUUUCUCUUUUAAACCCUUAAUUCGCUGUAGCACCCUUCAUGUCUAUUGAACUUCACUCUUUCUCUUGAGUCAGUCACUUCUUAGAGGCUAAAGUUUCUUAUAUAUAUACCUGAGUUUCUUUUUCCUCAUUGCACUGUGCCUAGCCACUUUCCUGAUCAUUUCCAAUAGACUUCUACUUUGUAUCUCAGUUCAUGAUCUUGCUCUGUGUUCUUCUUCUGUCCUAGAUUGUCUUCCAGCCUUUUAAUUAAAAUCUGUUGCUCCAACUGUUAUUCCUUUUUAGCUCCUCUUUUAAACUCUUCUCAUUCCUCUUGCAUUUACCCUUCUUACUAUAAUGUCUCUCCCACUUUGGGGUGGAAAACAAGCUUCUUUUGACUUUUUUUCUAGCUUGUCUUAUUUUUGUGUGUUUGGUUUCCUUUUGAAUGUUCUUGAACAUGUUAUUUGAUGCCUUAAUUUGCUUUCUGUUUAGAUCAUUUUUAAUCUGGAUUCAAUUCUUGUCGCUUCUCUGAACCUGCUCUGACUCCUGUUGUUAAUAAUCUCUUGCUUCUCAAAUCACGUGGCAGUUUUCUGUUCUUUUAGUUGAUUUCCCUUCAGCUUUUCUAUUACUCUUAACAAUGUUAACUGAGUUGAGUUUCGUGUGCAGUAAAUAUGGUGUGUAAAUAUAUAUGUAUGACAUAUUUUUAUAUACAACUUCAGUGUUCACUAUGCUUUAUACGUUAGUUUGUGGUAUGGAUGGAUAUGAGAUUUGGAAAAGCCUUUGGCUAUCUGCACUAAAGUUUAUUACUCCCCUCUCCAGAAAGUCCCCUGGCCCUCUGGAGGUACUUUUGAUUGAUUGAUUGAUUGAUUGAUUGAUUGUAUAUCCCAUUUUUUUUUCUCCAAGGAGGUCAAGAUGGUGCACAUGGAUCUCCCCUUUUUCAUUUAAUCCCCACAACAACCCUGUGGUGUAGGUUAGGCUAAGAGGCAGCGGCUGGGCCAAGUUCACCCAGUGAGCUUCAUGGCUGAGUGGAGAUUUGAACAGUCUGAAACAGACAGUAACAAAACAGACCUUAGGGAACAGAACAAAGAUUUUGUGGACAGAUAGAAAUAUUAGGGAGUGUUUUCAUUUCCUAUAAUUCCAGAUCAGAGGCUUAUGAGAAAAAGAUAGAGUUUGUAUUCCGUCAGUUUAGUGUCUUAACUUUAGCUUUCAUUGCUAUGUGAGCUUGAGUGUAACUUUUCAAAAUCCUGUCGUCUUUUACUCAUUUUGCAAUAGUCAGAAACAAGAGAGAAUGCUAAUGACCAUGAAGCUGAAGAAAUGGCAGAUAAGAAGAAGAAAAAGAAGAAGAAGAAAAAGAAAGAGAAAGUUCAGAGCCAAAUCACUUUAGUUCAAGAACCUCCAAGAAUUGAGGUACUGAAGUUGGUUUUCUGGUUGCAUCAAAAGCUUUGUGUAUGGGCCAUUAAGCAAACUGUGUAUCAACUUGAAGUUGCAGAUAUUAAGGAGUACCUAUGCUUGGUCCUCAGACACAGUGUCUCUUUUUAUCUAUCGAAUAGGACAGUGAAUCAUUUUGAAAGAUUAUCAUAAGGUCUAACAAGUCCACCUUGGCCGUACUGCAUUUAACAAUCCAUGUGGCAUAAUGCACUUCCAGAUCACAUUUUUUUUUUUUAAAUAAUUUUUAUUUAAGUUUUAAACAAAGAAAAAAGAAAAAACAACACACACAGAAAAACAAUACAGAAUUUAACAAUAAAAACACAAAACAUAACAAUUAAAAACAAACUCUCUUUUCCAUUCCCAAUUUUAAAUUACUUAUUUUCUGGACUUCCUCAUACCUCCCUCUUUUGUAUUCCAAUCUACAUUAUUUGUCCAGCAGUUUCUUUUCCACUUUUUUAAACCCAAUCUUUAAUUUAAUAAAAUAUUAAAAUAUAUAACUUCAACUUUUUUUUUUAAAACAUAAUCCUUGUUCUUAAACAUUUUUUAAAAACCUGUAUUGCAAGUGAGGAUUAGUGAUGUGACCCCAAGGCUUCUCUGAUGUCCCACCAACCCUUACCUACCAUUGGCCAUGAUGGGUGGGCCUGGGGGGAGUUGGGUCCAACAUCAGGAACGCACCACCCCUACACUAGUAUAUCUGACUUAAGAGUUGAAAGUUGCUGUUUUCCUGUCUCCUUUGCUGUUAGAUUGUAAGCUUCACAGGGCAGGGAUCUUUCGUCAUUUUCUGAUUGCUGUCUGCAGUGCUGUACCUCGGGUUACAUGCGCUUCAGGUUACAUAUGCUUCAGGUUACAGACUCCGCUAACCCAGAAAUAGUACCUCGGGUUAAGAACUUUGCUUCCAGAUGAGAACAGAAAUUGUGCUCCGGCGGCGCGGCAGCAGCAGGAGGCCCCAUUAGCUAAAGUGGUGCUUCAGGUUAAGAACAGUUUCAGGUUAAGUACGGACCUCUGGAAUGAAUUAAGUACUUAACCCGAGGUACCACGGUAGUGAUAACCUUGUAUAAAUUACAGGCAUUCAUAAUUGUAAUCUGAGUGUCAUGAUACAAGGCCUCUCACAAGUCUCAUAGUCUUGAAUGAUAUACCUUAAGCAUAUUUUAACUUCUUUGGAUCAGUACAAUCCCCAUCACAGACAGAUAAACAAGUAAAUUUGUCCACACAAGGAUUUGUUUUUACAAUCUGAAUGUGUGAAUUCAGAUUUUAUGGUGUGUUUUUUUUCAGAAAUAGUAACUUCCUCUGUGGCAUUUUUGCACAAGUCAGUUAGCUUAGCAAACUGUAGAAGCAUUUCAUGUAGUAUCCUACAGCUGAAAUGAUUUGUGUUAGCACUGAUCAGAAGCCCCAGCCAGAGAUUAUCACAUUUUCACUUCCAGUGGGACAGGGAAGUACACAUUUUUAAUUGUUCAGUUGACAGAAUGGGACUUGAAAGUGCUUAGCAUUGGCUGGGUCAUGCUCGUUGUUAAUAAUAAUAAUAAAAAUUGUAAUUGUAAUUAAGAGUACUCAGCAUAUAUAUUCUGCUUUGUAACAUUCAAAGCAUUUCACAUUAUCAUAUUGCACUCCUUACCAUAACCCUGUACGAUAAAAUAGCAUUCAUAUAUUCAUAUUACUGAUAGUGUGAAGGUGCUCUAAGGUCACCUAGUAACUGCAUGGCAGAGGAGAGGUUCAGAGUUUGGGAGUUCCUUAUUCUUAGAUCCUGGGGAUAUCAGCUGCAAUCCUAACUCCACUAAACGGAACUAAGCCCCACUGGCAUGACAAGGACUUACUUCUGAGUAGACACAGUUAGGAUUGCGCUAUUACAGGGGUUGGCAAGGUUUACCCCGUCUGGGGCGGUUCACUCCAGCGGAGAUCCCUCUAUGGGCUGGAUUGCGUGUACACAGCUGCGAUUUCCGGCAUCUGAGCAUGCUCAGACGCAAUUUCAGGCAUUGCAGAAGCGAGUCCCCGCAUCGCGCUGCCCCAGUUUAGCGCAGCGUGCGGGGACUUGCUGAGCAGGCGCCUUUGUUCGGGGGCGGCUUGGGGGCCGGUUAAACGACCCCUGUGGGCCGGUUGUGGCCCAUGGGCCUUAGGUUGCCUAUCCCUGCGCUAUUAGCUACUACAGUGGUACCUCGGGUUAAGUACUUAAUUUGUUCCGGAGGUCCGUUCUGAACCUGAAACUGUUCUUAACCUGAAGCACCACUUUAGCUAAUGGGGCCUCCUGCUGCUGCCGCACCGCCGGAGCACGAUUUCUGUUCUCAUCCUGAAGGAAAGUGCUUAACCCAAGGUACUAUUUCUGGGUUAGCGGAGUCUAUAACCUGAAGUGUAUGUAACCCAAGGUACCACUGUAUACUACACCAGCUCUUUUUACACGUCGCAAAUAAUUCAGGGGUCGUAUGUGGUUUUCCAGCAACUUCUCUCCCCCCCCCUUUAUCGAUGAAAAGAGAGAAGCAUAUCAAUAUAAAAUGUUUGAUUUCUUAAAAAAAAUAAAGAUCUAGAACAGUGGUGGCGAACCUAUGGCACGCAUGCCAGAGGGGGCACUCAGAGCCCUCUCUGUGGGCAUGCGCACCGUCGGCCCAGUAGGGCCGUAGCUAGGGGUUGAAACUGACGCUCCAGCUCUGCAGGAGGCUCCUGACCACUUCUAGCAUGGUCCCAGUGCUGCUAGGGCACCAUUUUCACUCUUGGGGCCACGCCAGGAAACUGCCACUCUGCCCAAAGCCUGCGGCACCGCUACUCAAGUCACCGACCAAGCCCAUCUGCCACUGCAACCAAACCUAACAGCUGCCUCUGGGCUGGUUCUGCCUGCCCACCAUCAAGCUCAGUUGUGCCCGACCCACCUUCCUGCUCUGCUCUCGGGUGCAUUUAGAGCCGUGGUGACUCUGGCAAGCGAGGGGCUGAGCAGGUGUCGACUUUAGAUGCGCCAAGGCCUCCCGCCAGUCUGUUGUUCCUACUCGGGAGUGAGCCGCCUUGAGUUCAGCAAGGUUAGACAAAUUAUCAGCAUGCGUACAACAGCAAAAAUCACAUUAAUUGUUCAAAAGCAUGCCAAAUGCAGGGUAGGGACGCGGGCGGCGCUGUGGGUUAAACCACAGAGCCUAGGGCUUGCUGAUCAGAAGGUUGGAGGUUCAAAUCCCCGUGACGGGGUGAGCUCCCGUUGCUCGGUCCCUGCUCCUCCCAACCUAGCAGUUCGAAAGCACGUCAAAGUGCAAAUAGAUAAAUAGGUACCGCUCUGGCGGGAAGGUAAACGGCGUUUCCGUAUGCUGCUCUGGUUCAUCAGAAGCAGCUUGGUCAUGCUGGCCACAUGACCCGGAAGCUGUACGCCGGCUCCCUCGGCCAAUAAAGCGAGAUGAGCGCCGCAACCCCGGAGUCGGUCACGACUGGACCUAAUGGUCAGGAGUCCCUUUACCCUUUACCUUUACUAUGCCAAAUGCAAACUUUUACCUUUCAGUAAAAAAAAAUGUUUGUAUCACUGAAAGCUCUGUUAUUGUGUUUUUCUUUUAAGACAAAAGAUGUUAAUGUGCGAGGUGUUCAGGUUAAAUUGCCGUGUUGGCACCUUGCGAUAAAUAAGUGGGUUUUGGGUUGCAGUUUGGGCACUCGGGUCUCUAAAAGUUUCGCCAUCACUGAUCUAGAAUAUGAAGGAUGCAUAGCAAUGCUAGCACAUCAAAUAGUCCGGGGUGCCACAGCUGUCAACGUUUCCCUUUUUUUAAGGGAAAUUCCCUUAUUCCGAAUAGGAUUCCUUGCAAGAAAAGGGAAAAGUUGACAGCUAUGCCGGGUGCUGAAGUGGGGAAGGCCACUUUUAAUCUAAAUUGUGUGUGUAAUGUUGCCUAAGUUAACACUUUAUUUCCAUUUCCUCAGGACGUUGAAGAAUUUCCAAACCUAGCAGCUGCUACUGACAAAAAAUACAGGCCCGCUCAAAAGCAGUUUUGUUCAACGCCACUUACCAAGGAGCACAUUGACGUAAGGCACCUUCAGUUACCUUGGUCUUCUAGUUAACCUUCCCCAUUUGUUUUCCCUUAUUGGCAAUCCUUACUCUUCAGCCAUUUCAGGACUCAGCAACUCUAUCAAAUUUUAGAUUAUGGCAUGGCCAAAAAGCCUAGUGUGGCUCACAAGGGGGCACGAAACGUGAGGGUGGCAAAACAAGUUCUCACAUUUUAAUGUUGCAACUUUUUUAGAUUUUGUUUGUGAUGCUGCAGCUAUUCUAGAGCACACUGAGAUUUGAAACGUGAAGUCCUUACUGCUAGAGCUUGUUUUCUGCUGUAGAACCUGCCUACUGUCAAAGUGGUGGGUCUGUGCAGCAAAGAAACUCAAAAAAUCUUCCCCUUGAGAUAUUUAUCUGAGUGUAGCUUGCGCACAUCUCUUUGUUCGUUCAUAGCAUUUGUCUUGUAUUUUUUUUAAAUGAAAAAAUUCUUUAUUGAAAUUCAUUAAUGUCAUUACAGAUUUAACUGCACACAUACACAUACAUACUCUCUCUCUCUAUAUAUAUAUAUACUUAAAUUAGUUUAACUUAGAAUGUUAAUUUGACCUUCUAAUUCCACUUAGAUAUCAGCUAAGCUAAAAUCAUAUAAUGGUACAUAAAAUAAAAUAAAACAACAACAAACUGAAGUAAAAUAAAUAUAUAGACUUCCCAUCAUUUCCCGAUAUAGUUGACAUUUGUGAUUUUGAAUGUACUUAUAAUUAUUACCGUACAUUUAAUAUGCUUUCUUACAACCUAGCGUACUGAUUUCCCUUUAUUUCUUAAUAUUUUAUGUACACAUUUGUCUUGUAUUUCUGUACUUCAAAGGGAAGAACAAGGGAAUUUGGGUUUGAGUCUCUCGUUGGUUCUCCUCAAAAUGUAUUGGUAGCUCCCAAUUCAGACACGUCAUUGGCAAGAAAAGCUCACAAGCAAGUGCCGCCCACUCCAACAGAAAAAAGGAAAAUGCAGGUAAAAUUGUUCUUUCCACGUUAACGUUGGCUUGCUUCAAAACAAAAGUAAUAUUUAUGAAUGAAUCAUGUGCACAUAAAUUUUACUCACUAGAUAAAAUGCAAGACCAAGGGGGAAGAAACGUGUUUCCCUUUCUUCUCCUGCAGCAACCGCCCAAGAGCAGUGGAAAGAAGAGUCAGGAUCCUGUGCGGCUCGAUUUGGGAGGGAUGCUGGCUGCUUUGGAACAAAAACAAUAUUCGGAAAAAUCAAAACCGUCCAAGCCUGUGGUGCUUUCAGGUAGAAGUUUUGAGAGUGCUUUCAUUGUAUGAUGCUUUUUCAGAGUACUUUUUUUCUUUCUUUUUUUAAUGGCUAUCUCCUGAGGUAGGCUAAACGUUGCAAGAAUUCACUACAGUGGAAAAGUUCCGGCAGAAUGAAAGAGAAGCCAGCUUUGUGAAGUAAAAUAAAAAAGAUGAACUGCAGUUUCCUGAACACACUGAUGUCUAGGAGAGAUUAGUGGAAGUGGAACUAUUUCUCGUCUACUUUUUCACAGGUGGUGGUUUUUAUUUAUGAAAAUUAAGGAUAGUCAGUUUCUACAGGUUGUUGUUUUUUUGUAAUUCAAUAGCUGGGAGAGAGUCUUAUCAAAAUGAUUGGCUAUAAAUAGGUAACUGUCAGAUUUUACAUGCUAUACUUUGAAAGCCUUAGUCUGGAGUCCAAGUCCACAUUUCAAAGUAACAGCCUAUCUUUUGAAGGAAGGUUCUACUCAUCCGGCAUCUAAGAAAGUCCAAGUACAAUACAAAGUGUACUGCAGAAGCUCCCAUUGCUAAUCGCAGUCUGUAUAAUAGCACAUAAAGUUAUGCUGAUGGAAAUUCUUUACCAUUGCUUUCCAAAAGUGGUGGGGAAAUAGUGCUUAAAGUGUUAUGGAUUUUUCAGUAUUCACAGAAUUAGAUUGCUAUCAGUAUAGAAAUUGUCAAAAGAUGGCAUGCAUCCAUGUGGAGGAUAAAACAGCUGUUAAAUCAGCAAAGGGUUUGUGUAACCACUUCUAAUGUACCAUGCAAGUUGUCCACAAUAAAUCAUGUCAGACUUUGUUCACAGAUCUGAAGUGCACUUUGGGAAAGAAUAAAUGCAGCAGAUGUCUCCACUGAGAUAAAGUGCUAAUGUUUAAUGAUUCCUCUAAGUAUUACUUCCAUGCAAUGCAAUUACAAAACUGCUUUGCUUGCAAUAAGUGAUAUCAAGGAUUGGGCUUAAGCACAUUCUGGAAGGAGAGCAACACAUGGGUGAAAGAAAUUCGUAGAGAAUUUAGUAGCAUUUGUCCAGAAAGAAUUCUAAACCAGACUGUUUACUAUUGAAUACUUUCAGUAACAUCAAAAGCUGUGUUAUCCUGACUCAGACCAUUGCUCUAGCUAGCUGACACUGACUGACCGCGAUUCUCCAGAGUUUCAGACAUUUGCUGCCCUAUUUGGGACCUUUUGCAUGCAAAAUAGAUGAUCUGCCACUGACCUUUCCCGAGUAUUUGCCAUAUUGUAUUUUCCGUUUCCGUACGCUGCUCUGGUUCGCCAGAAGUGGCUUAGUCAUGCUGGCCACAUGACCCGGAAGCUGUACGCUGGCUUCCUCGGCCAAUAAAGCGAGAUGAGCGCUGCAACCCCAGAGUCGUCCGCGACUGGACCUAAUGGUCAGGGGUCCCUUUACCUUUACUGUAUUUUUCAGAUACAUAAAUAAGAAUCUUUAUUUAAAGAUUAUAGUAGAUUUAAGUAAUGAGGUACAGUGCUACCUUGGGUUAAGUACUUAAUUCAUUCCGGAGGUCCGUACUUAACCUGAAACUGUUUUUAACCUGAAGCACCACUUUAGCUAAUGGGGCCUUCUGCUGCUGCGCCGCAGGAGCACAAUUUCUGUUCUCAUCCUGAAGCAAAGUUCUUAACCUGAAGCACUAUUUCUGGGUUAGCGGAGUCUGUAACCUGAAGCAUAUGUAACCUGAAGCAUAUGUAACCCGAGGUACCACUGUAUUUUACAAAAAUGCAGCAUUCACAGUACCGACCUGCUGAAAUUGAAAGCCACACUGACGAAGCUAAGCACACUUUGUAAUGUGCUGAAUCGGGAAAGGAAUGCAUUCUUUAUACGUAUACCUGGGUGUCUGUAUUGCUUGUGUGCUGAGCUGAGUGCUAAAACCGAGUUAUGCUCCAAUCCUAAACAUAUUUGUUCAGAAGAGUCCCAAUUGAUACUGAUUGUGCUUGCUUCCGGUCAAGUAUGGAUUUCAGACUUGGCCAUUGUCACCUGAUAGCAGGUUUGCUUUUGUUUUAGUUGGUAGCGCAGUACCAUUGCAUUCCAAGGAACCCGUGACGGUAACCAAAAGUCAGCAAUUAAACCAAGGGAAGACCCCACAUAACCCGUUGGACUCGAGUGCGCCCUUGGUUAAGAAGGGAAAGCAGAGAGAAGUCCCUAAAGCGAAGAAGCCAACGUCGCUCAAAAAGGUACAACAAGCAAUAAUCCUUUAUCAAAGUUUAGUGUAGCUGUUGCCUUUUAGAAUUUAGCCAGACCGGUAUUUCUUACUUUGGUUUGUGCCUGGCUAUAACUUUGUCUUUUUUAUUAAAAAAAAAAUAAUUGGAAAAAGUGUGAAGUACUUUCAGAUUGUUGCUGUGGGAGAGGACUAAUUAAACUAUGUAAUCUUAUCUAAUCCCAGAGGUGGGAGGGAAGUGAGCAGAUCUAAUUUGGGGUUAAUCCAUUCCUUAUAAGACUAGAACAGCCCAAAGGUGAUUUGAAAGGAUAGCUUGCAGUGAUUAUAUUAAUGUUUUCUACACUAGCACUCUCAUGUGACCCACCUUUCAGUCUGCCAGUAGAACCGUCAUGUAUUGCUUAUAUGAACUAGAACAAAAUUUAAAAAGGAGAAUAUUUUAAGAGUGUUCCCAUCAAUUUAAUUUUUGAAAGAGGUCUCUCCCUAAAUGGCUAUAAGUGGAGAUGCAGUUAGCAACUUGCCUGCUUUAUCAGUGGUGUAAAGCAGUUGCCGCAGAUAAGCAAAUUGAAUGAUAACUAAAAAUUGCCAAACUCUUAAAAUUAAAUCAAGCCUUCUCCCACCUCCCAUGGAAAAGUAAACAUUAAAGGCUGUAAAGUACAUACAUUGUGCCAAAAAAGUAUUUCAGAAAUAAAGAACUUUGUCUGGAAACUAUAUUGCAAUGAAGUGUUUCCUUUUCAGAUUAUUUUGAAAGAGAGAGAACAGCGGAAACAGCAGCACCUUUUGGAACUGACGGCGAUACCAAAUGAGAGUGAUGCUGUCCAGCAGGGUGCAACUUCUGAGAUGACUGAGAAUCAGACAUUUUCUGAGGACACCAAACCAGGUACCUCUUGAAUCAGGGGUGCUGCUCGUUUUCAUUUCUGUCCAGGGGGUGUCAAAGCAGGGAAAUGCUGCUUUUGCAAAUUUCUUCAGUGAGCAUUCUUUAAAAUUGGUUUUUGGGUGUGAGGAAUUCAAAUCUGCUAUUGUUUUUGUGACCGGACAACAUUUAGUUUGGUAAAUCUGUGAUUAAAAAGUGCAUAAACUGCUCUCAGAAAACCAAAGAAUUUUAUCUUAUGAAAAUGUCAGGUAAUGCUAUAAAAAAGAAUUGUUUCUCCACGUAAAACAUACCCUACUAAGCCUACAACAUUAUCUUGUAUUCAUAAAACGAUAUUAGAAAGUAAUGACAUCCUUUAAUAAUAAAUUUAAUCAACUAGUUUAAUCAAGUAUUGCUUUGAUUACUUCUUGGACAUCAGCUGCCAACUUACUUCUUGGCCUCUGAUGUAGCCGUUAACGUUUCUCAUGUGUAUAUAAUUUAGCAAAGCUACAUUAUAUUAAUUUUACCAAAACAUCUUUUGAAUUCCCAAGUCAUGUUACAACUUUUUAGCAUCCCUCAUUUUUGGAAUUUGAAAGCUGAAAAAUUCAACACCCCAUAUUGCCGGAUAGCUGUUGCGAUAGUGUUUUCUGAGAUGCAGCUGCCACAGUAAUGUAAAAUAAAGGUGAAAAUGAGCUGGUUGCAAUACAUGGUAAUUCAAACGAUGAUUUAGUGAGACUACGUGAACUCCUGGAGAGGAGAUCACACCCACUGUUCUCUUCUCCUGUCCUUUUUACUGCUGUACUGAGCCUAGGCUUGGCUUAGCAUGUUGUCUGAACCUCAGAUUCAUGGCAAAGCUUUCCUACUAACUACAAACUGUAACCAAGACCAAACCUGGGAUUGUUCUCUACCCGUUUUAUUCCUUAAACCUCCAAAAGAUUAACUGAGUAUUCUUGUUUGGGACUGGAAUUGAAUUUCCUCCUGAACAAAUGCCUUUUCAGAAGAAGUGGAAGUUUGAAAUGGAAAGGUCUGCCAAGUCACAGGCUGACACCUCUUCCUUUGUUUUGCCUUGUUCAGUUUAUUUGCUCCAACAUCCUAUGGGAGAUUUUGCCUGCCGUUGGCAGAAAUAGCUGUCGAGACAGUUCUCUGCGCAAUUGGCUUCAAUCCCUUUAUUUCAUGUAUUUCUCUACAUUGUGUAAUGAUUUGCUUGUAUGUUUUUUAAUAUGCAUUUUUAAGCCCUGUGGUCAAAACAGUGCAUGUGACCCUAUUUAUCAUUGGAGUAGCUCUCUAGUAGUAUUGAAUAAUUUGUGUAGUUAUUAGAAUUUUUUACUGCUAAAACUGACAUUCUGCCUACUUUAAACUGCAAAUCAUAAAUAUGGAAGGCAGGCCAUGCUCUUUUGUGGUCUAGCUGUUGUUUCCCCCUAAAUCUAAAAGUUGCUUAAACUGUAAAUGGAUAUCUGUAAAAACAGCCUAACUGUCCUAGGCCAGGGCCUUGUCUGUCUUUUUUGCAGUUAUCCCUUCAUAUAUGUUCAGGGCUUCUUUUUCUUUUUUUUAAGCACAUUUAUUUCAUGCCAUUUUCAUCUUGACCCUGGGCUGAAACUGAAACAAGCUCCUAAGGUUUCUAAUAGCGAUCUGAAGUUCCUCUUCAACAAAAAUAAUCCCUUUUGUAUUUGACUUUCCUUUGGAUUCAGAAAGCGCAGAUGAAGGCCCUACAGAUCCUGCAAUUGCAGCCCAAGAUAGUUCAGAUGUGUCACUGGAAUGUACAGCGUUGAGUGGAUCCACGAAUAAUUCCCCUGUCCCAACACAGCUGAAUUCCAACCUUCCCAAAAUCCACAGCCGAAGAUUUAGAGAGUAAGUAUUCUGGUGUUGGUUGUGCCAAUCCUGUCCAUGUAUUUUUGUUGUUGAGCUUAGUGGGGUGCCUCUCAGUUUGAAUGUGAUAUCCUAAUGCAGGGGUCAGCAAACUUUUCCAGCAGGGGGCCGGUCCGCUGUCCCUCAGACCUUGUGGGGGGCCGGACUAUAUUUUGGGGGAAAGAAUGAUGCAAGAGCACCAUGAGCCCUGGUGGCUGCGUACCUGUGUCCUGCGAGCAGCAGGGGCUGGCUGUGGCGGAGGGACGAUGAGUGGUGUGCAAAAGGGCUCCGGAGAGGGGCUUCUUAAAAUGGCGGCCGCUCGAGCGCUGCUGUUGCUGGCACCAACAAAGCCCAGCCUCCUUCCUCCUCUAGGCAGGGCAGGGAGAAGCCAGGAGGAGGCGCCGCCGCCGUGUGAGGGAGAGGGAAAGAACACGCACAUUGGCGUUCCAUGCGGCGAUUCCCAGACCAUCCGUGGGCCGGGUCCAGAAGGCAAUUGGGCCUAAUCUGGCCCCUGGGCCUUAGUUUGCUGACCCAUGUCCUAAUGUGUUUACAUGAAGGCUUUUGACCCUUAGUCAGACAUGGAUUUCUCGACCUUCAAAUAUCAAACUGUUGAUAUUUUAACCCCUCCCAUUGACAAAAUCUCCUGAUCUGAUGUUUUGAGAAAGGAGGGGGCGGAAACUGCUCUUCAGCUCUUCCGCUCCUGACUGCCUGCCUGACUGUGUGUGGAGAGAGUCUUAUCUAUGUAGUGACUAGAUGACUGAGUGGGAGCUGUAACAUUCAUGCAAGCCAGUAGUUCUUUAGUUUGUAGCAGCUAUUAGAAAUAAAAGGAGUUAUGCUUCACAGCUAGCUUCCGUGUUAUUUAUAGUCUGCACGAGUCUGGUGCUCACAAUGCACAGUUGUGGGUCCAGUGCACUGGGACCUGCUUUCCAGGAUUGGAAGGUCUCUGAAAGUGCUCCAGUCGCUUAGCCCCGUCAGGGCAGAACCAGUUAUUGAGCCCAGUCGCUGACAUCAGUUGAAAGGCUUACUGACACAAACAUGCUAAUUACUUCUGGAUAUAGUUUGCUAAUUUUGUGUGUGUGUGUGUCUUUGGAUAGAGUGGAUGAGAAAGAAAGGAACGUGGGGAGAAGCAGACACUUGGUUCUGAAACAAUUGGUUCUUUCUUUAGUUACUGCACCCAAGUUCUCAGCAAAGAGGUUGACAGCUGCGUAACAGAUCUCUUGAAAGAAUUGGUGCGCUUCCAAGACCGCCUUUAUCAGAAGGACCCAGUCAAGGCCAAGACGAAGCGCCGGCUUGUUAUGGGGCUCAGAGAAGUGCUGAAACACUUGAAGCUGAAAAAGUUGAAAUGUGUCAUCAUUUCCCCCAACUGUGAAAGAAUCCAGUCAAAGGGUGAGCCUUUCUAUUAAAAGUAUCACGAACUGAAGCAAAUGCAGAUCAGAUUUCCGGUGGAGGGGUGUAGCUGAAAGAACAAGCAAUGCUGGUUUUCUCUUAAGAUGUAUCUGGGCGAAUGAAGCCCUUUUGCCAGCAAUGCUAAUGAAAUUGACCUGCUUUUAAUCCUCUUAUUUGUUUUACCCCAGGUGGGUUGGAUGAGACUCUGCAUCUCAUCAUUGACUCCGCUUGUGAACAGAACAUCCCAUUUGUGUUUGCUCUCAAUCGCAAAGCUCUUGGGCGUUGCGUGAACAAAGCCGUGCCAGUCAGCGUGGUGGGGAUUUUCAGUUACGAUGGCGCUCAGGUGAGUUGCGCGAAAGCUGCCGUUGCACCGUUCUGCAUUAUGCAUUUCAGUUUCAAUGCAGUGGUACCUUGGUUCUCAAACUUAAUCCAUUCCGGAAGUCCAUUCCAAAACCAAGGUGCGCUUUCCCAUAGAAAGUAAUGCAAAACGGAUUAAUCCGUUCCAGACUUUUAAAAACAACCCCUAAAACAGCAAUUUAACAUGAAUUCCACUAUCUAACAAGACCAUUGAUCCAUAAAAUGAACAGUGUACUACAGUCAUACAAUCAAUCCGUAGCUGAACACACAGUCACAAAAAGAGCCACAAAAACACAAAAUAAAUAGCAAAAACAGACAGACCUCAGCGUAACACUCAAAACGGAAGUGUGGCACUCAAAAUGGAGCACAUUUGGCUUCCGAAAAAAGUUCGCAAACCGGAACACUUACUUCUGGGUUUGCAGUGUUUGGGUUUCGAGUUGUUUGAGUACCAAGGUGUUUGAGAACCAAGGUACCACUGUAGAAGCUUUUAAAGUCUUUGGCCGCUCAUGCUGAAAUGUUUAAAAAUAUUAACCAUCCUUGUCUGGGAGUACUGUGUCCUUAAAUCACCUUAGCCCUGUUGAGGUGUUCUAUUUACUUUCAUACUAGUGCCCUUCCCAUCACCCUCCGCACGUUUGAGCGCAGUUACCUGAACAAAUAGAGCUUAGGGGGAAUUGACAAAUAAAUCCUCAACAGCGUUCUGCUGCUGGGACCACUGAACAACAAUUUUGGGAUCUUUGAUCUUCUCCUCUUUCAACAUUAGUGUGAAAUAAAAUUGUGGAGCACGUUACCUUCUUGGGUUUGUGGAGAAAAUGCUGGAAGCUUGGCGAAGCGCUAACCCAAAAUCCGAUCUUAGUUUCUCGCUGCCUUUAUACCCCUAGGACUAUUUUCACAAAAUGGUGGAGCUGACAAUGGAAGCGAGGCUGGCCUAUAAGGAAAUGAUUGCAGCAUUGCAGAAAGAGUCAGCUGAAGAAGAGAAGGAAAGUGACUCUGCAAACUUGAAAACCCUUUGUAGAGAGCCCAGUCCCCUAGAGGCUGGUGAAGUGCCCCUUCCAGAGUCUGAUGAGGAUGUCCCAAAUUACAGUGAGUUGUGUGUGUGCGUGAUUUAAUGUGGGCAGUCUUCUCUCUGGUAUUAAUCGGCCAUCUUGACUGUUUGGAGCAGGGUUAGCAACCUUUUUCAGCCGUAGGCCGGUCCACUGUCCCUCAGACCAUGUGGGGGGCCGGACUAUAUUUGGGGGGGGCGAUGAAUAAAUUCCUGUGCCCCACAAAUAACACAGAGAUGCAUUUUAAUUAAAAUCACACAUUCUACUCAUGUAAAAACACCAGGCAGGCCCCACAAAUAACCCAGAGGUGCUUUUUCAAUAAAAGGACACAAUCUAUUCACGUAAAAACACGCCGAUUCCCGGACUGUCCGCGGGCCGGAUUGAGAAGGUGACUAGGCCGCAUCCAGCCCCCGGGCUUUAGGUUGCCUACCCCUGGUUUGGAACAUGAAUGGUCUGACGCAACUCUUUAAUUUCUGGUCUUUCUUGAUUUGUCAGAUAUGCUGGUGCUAACUUUGCUCGCUUCAGAAAAAAGGAACAAUCUCAUGUCCAUGUGUGUUGCCUUUUGUGCUGCUGAGUACAGUGACUUCGGCCACAUAAAUAUGAGUGACUGCCCCCAACCAGUCUCUUCUGGCUAUGAAAUUGCUAUAGCAAGGCCUCUUGGGGUGGGUGACCAGCACAGUGUGCAGGGAGCUCUAUGAUACCCUUACACAAAGGAGUGUGUGAGAGAGGGAAAUAGAAAAAUGGUGUUGGCCUGUCUGGGGAAAACAAACCUGACAAGCAAAACAAGUGUUGCUUUGUCCAUCUCAGUUGUUGUAUUGAAGGCUGGCAUUAUGGUAAACACUCUCAGGCCUGCCAACCUUCUUGCCCAUCCAUCAUCUUUGGGUACCAAACUUAAUCAACAUUGUAGGAUCCCCCUGCAGAAAUCUACCUCAGUUCCAAGCUACCUCCAGCUGAGAACGUGAUUUCUUUGCACCUGCUGUCAGUGAUUCUUCAGGUUUACAGACCCUUCCCUUUUUCUUCAUACGGGUCGAAAUAUUUUUAUUUUAUCGUUUUGCUGCAUUUGACCAGUCAUGGGAAAUAUUGAUGCGAUGGCAACCACCAAGUUUAUUUUGCGGAUGCCAAACAUCACUUUGUGAGAGCAUCGCACUUCCUCUACAACAGGAUAAAUCCUUCACUGAUCUUUCCGGAGUUCUGGGGCUCAGAGUGCUGAGCCACUGAGCUACCGUGUGAUUGUUUUCAGAUGGAGCCCUGCCAGUCUGACUGUUGCUUGUCUGUGUCUCGGAGGGAGAGUGAAAGCGAGCUGUUCCUUUCUCUUGUGUCCUGGAACAUAUGGGGCUGUUCAUCUCGCUUUGCUGCCCUCUACGGCUUCCAGUGUUAGCUGCAUGCUCUUUUCUAAUUUCAGCUGAUAAACUUUGCUUCAAACGAUAGAUUCGACUGGGCAUUAUAGAAGUUCAUUUGACAGAGCUCUCUAGCUUAUGCUUUCUUUCAUAGAAGAGCAUAACAAAAAGCAAUACAAAAUAGAUAACUGACAGUUGACAACAAAUUAAGCAAAGCUCUUAUCACAUGGAGCCUCUGUCCUUCCCCUUCUUUAAACAUGGCCCAGUUCCGCUGCCUAGAUUAUCUUGUUUCCUGUGUAAGGAGGCUAAUCCUUGAGUCCUUGAAUUAUCAAGUGUUUGGGGAUCUCACUGGCUGAUAAAGCAAUUCAGAGGUUUAAAAUGUGUAUGAAAGCAUUUCCAAAUGCAGUUUUCUCAAGGCUGUGGUUCAAACAAAGCAUUGCAUCCCCAUAGCUGUCCUUGCAUUUGUUAGUCUGAAAAAAAAUGUAACUCUAACCUUCAUACAUUUUUUCCCCUAGUUAAAAUCUGGAAGCGGAAGCUUGAAGAGGAGUAUAACCCAUACACACUGGAGCUGGAAAAAUAGUCAACUUCUGAAAUGUUGACCUUGGGUUUUGAAGAACCUCAGUAAAUCAAGACUACCUUAUUUGGCCUUAUUUGACUUUUUUUUUUAAUUCAGAAAAAUUAAGUGUAUGUAUAUAUAGAUAUGUAAAUAACUAAAUUAUCUAUGAUUAAUUAUCCAAACAAUAUGGCUUAUAAUGUUAAAAAAUUGUCUUAUGAUUGUACCUGGCAAAUAAUCACAAUGGAACACGCCGUUCUGGAAACGUGGUUUGUUAAACCUUAAAAAGCCACUGCUGACUUGGUUGUUUAAAGGUACCUUAGGGUUUUCUGAGAUUGUUUGCGGGCUCUUUGAUGCUGGGGAAUGCAGUGGUUUCAUUCCUUCUGCACUGAAGUUGGUGGCCUGUGCUAGUGGAAUGAUGGAAGCGGACCUAUUUAGAUUACCCUCCAGCCAUAGCAAAGUCCUUUAGACCCAAGUACGUGAUGCCGGCCUCUGCUGUGUGAAGGCAGGGAGUCCAUCUGACGGAUCUCACCAGUUACACUAUUGAACUUGGCUUUAGGCAACGUGCUGUAUCAUCAUCUAUGGGAGCAGCUUACUUUGCGACCAUGUGAAGGAGAGGGCGGAGAGAGGAAACAAUGACCAUCACCUUUGUACUUUCUCCAUCUGCUGUGUCAGUGGAUAUACCGUACUUUUCAGUGUAUAAGAUGAUGUUUUUUUACUGCAAAGAAUGUUAAAAAUGGGGGGGGGGGUUUCGUCAUCUCAUACACAGAUAGUGCAGAGGGGGGACGGGUGUUUGGUUGAUGUCGCGAGCAGGAGCUUUUAAGCUGUGAUUGGGUGUGUGAAUGGUGUCUGCUGGUGGCUCCUUUGGAUUGGUGGCUGCUGCUGUGGCAAUUGUGUGUGUGAUUUGUGGCUGUUUGCGGCGAUCUGGCAGACGCUCGGUGGGUUAUGUUGCACGUGCAAUUGGUAGCAUCUUGUCAGUCAGUUGAGUGAUUUUCGGCAUUCCCCCCCCCAAAGGCUUUAGUCCCCCAAAAUAGGGGGCAUCUUAUACAUGGGGGCAUGUUAUACACGGGAAAAUACGGUAGUGGUUGCUGUUUCGGUGUUCAGCAGCCCUGCCACUUACAUGAGUGAAGUUUCAGUUCUGGGGGUCCACAGGGAACUGCAACAUUGGGCAAAGGCAGAGACCCCUGGAACAACCCAUCAGUGAGGUGAAUGCUUGCUUGCCAGGCUCUGGGAACGUUGGAGGAGGACUCAGGGGUGCUCCCAGAGCCAGCUAAGCAAGGAAAACCUACUGGGUGUUCAGGUGGUGGUGGUGGUGGGGAUAAAUGGAGAGUGAGAAAUAGCAGGUUUUCUUCACUCUCCAUUUAUUCCCCCCCACACACACCUGCAAAAGGAAUUUGUUUGCCCAGUGUACACCUUCCUCAGCCCCUAGC